AUGCGACUCCUCGAUAGCCUGAGCAAUCGCGGACUCGACGGUGACGUCGGCCUCGGCAGUCUUGGGGACCUCCUUGGCGGCGACCUCCUUGGGGGCUUCAGUAGCGACAACAGGCUCGACGGCGGGAGUCACGGCCGGCUCGACGACGGGCUCGGCCACAGCCUCAACAACGGGAGCAGCGACGGGCUCAAUGACGGGGGCGGCGACGGGCUCCGGGAUGGCCUGGACGACAGGGGCGACGGCGGACUCAACAGCCACAGGAGCGACCUCCUCGACGACCUUCACGAUGGGCUCAGCGGCCUUCUCGACAAUGGGCGCGGCGACCUCGACGACGGGCUCUGGGACCUCGGGGGCCUCAGCAACAGGAGCAGCGACAGGCUCCUGAACGGCCUCGACGACAGGCUCCGGGACAGCGACGUUGACCUCCUCGACAGGCUCGGGGACAGCAGCCACCACCACGGGCUCGGUGGCGGGGAUCACGGGCUCCUCGACGGCCGCCUUGACAAUAGGCUCCUCGACGACGGUCUCCUUGACAGCGACCUCCUUGGCGGGCUCCUCGGCGGCAACGACGACGGGGACGACGACGGCAGGCUCCUCGGUGGUGGAGGAGACGACGGGCUCCUCAACCUUGACGGGCUCAUCGACAACAACCUCCUUGACGGGCUCGGCCACAGCGACGGGCUCGACGACGGCGGCGACGGCGACGGGCUCUUCAACGGCAGCGACGGGCUCCUCGACCACAGCGACCUUGACGGCCUCUUCGGCGACGACCUUGAUGGGCUCCUCGGCAACGACCUUGACGGGCUCCUGAGCGCCGACAGGCUCCUGAGCGGCGACAGGCUCCUGAGCGGCCUCGGCGACGACAGCCUCCUGAACGGCAGCGACAACGACGGCCUCCUCAGAAGGGGCAACCUUCACGGGCUCCUCCGCGACGACCUCCUUGGUCACAACCUCGGGAGCGGGCUGAGCCUCCUCGACCUUCACGACGGGCUCAUCGACCAUGAUGGUGGCGGCAAUCUCCUCGACGACAUUGUCAACAGGCUCCUCGAUGACAACGGCGGCAGGUUCAGUGGCUGCAACUUCCGGGACGACCUCCUUGGCGGCUGGGGUGUCGACAACGGCGGGGACAACAACCUCCGCCACAACGACUGGCGCCUCGGCGACAGGCUGCUCGGCGACAGCGACGGGGGCCUCGACCUUGACGGGAACCUCCUCGACCUUGGCAGGAACCUCCUCGACCUUGGCAGGAGCGACCUCCUCCUUCACAGGAGCGACCUCUUCCACCUUGACAGGAGCGGCCUCUUGAACGACAGGCUCCUGGACGAUGGGCUCGAUGGGGGUGACCUCGACAGGGGCGACCUCAACAGGGGCGACCUCGACAGCGGCGACCUCAACGGGGAUCUCCUUGACAGGCGCCUUCUCGACAAUGGGCUGCUCGACGACCGGCUCUGGGGUAGUGGGCUCGGGGGCAGCGACGGCCUCCGGAACAGCCUCCUUGACCUGCUCGACGACGGGCUCGGCGAUAGGCUCGACAGGCGCCUCAACAACAGCCUCGACAGCAGCAGCGAUAACGACGGGAGCGGCGACCUCGACAGCGACCGGGGCGGCGGCCUCGACAGCGACCGGAACGAUCUCGACCACGGUCAUCUCGACCAUGGUCUCAGCAACCGGGGCAGGCGCCUCGACGACGACAGCCUUGACAACGGGCUCCUCCACAACCUCAGCAACAACCACGGGGGCAGUCACCUUAGGAGCGGCCUCCUUCACGGUCUCUUGAACGACCUCGGUGGGGGCAGCAGCCGGGGCAACGGCCUCCUCGACGACCUCCUUCACCUCAGCGGCGACGGGGGCGGCGGCGGCGGCCUGGAUCUGCUCGGCAGCGGCCUCCGCCUUGAUGAACUCGGGGAUGGCGGUGUUGGGCGGGGUCUGGGUCGUGUUCUCCGGCUCCUUGAUCUCGGCAACGGGGGCGGUGGCCUCGGCGACAACCUCCUUCACCUGCUCAACCACAGGCUCUGGAACAGUGGCAGCCUCCACAGGGGCAACGACGUCGGCCGCGGCAGACUCAGCAACAGGAGCGGUGUCCUGGGCCGGAGCGGCCUCGACAACAGGAGCAACCUCGGUGGCAGGAGCGGCCUCGACGACAGGCGUGGCUUCGACAACAGGAGCAGCCUCGGCGACAACUUCCUUGACCUCAACGACCUGAAUGCUUACCUCUGCAACGACAGGAGCCGAAGCCUUGACAGUCUUGACCUCCUCAACGGGCGCGAUAACCUCGGAAACGGUCUCCACGGGGGUGGUGAUCUCCUCGACCUCGACCUCGGCGAUGGUGCUGAUCUGCUGGGGCUCCUCGACCUCCUUGUCGUCAGCGAUGAGGGACUCCUGGACGAUAUUGGCGACCGGCUCAUCGACAGCAACCUCCUGAGGCACCUCCUGGACGGGAAGGUCCUCAACGGUCUCCGCGACGGUGGCCUCCUCAACGACCUCAGGGACGGCGACGGCCUCCGCGACAGUCGCAACCUCGGCGACGGGGGCAGGGGUGGCGACAACAGGCUCCUCCACGGCGACGGGCUCGGUGUCGACAACAACAGAGGCCUCGACGACAACCGGGGGCUCGACGGGGGCAACCUCAGCCUCAACCAUCGCAGGGGCAGGAGUAGCGACCUCAGCCUCCUUUACGGGAACGGGGGCGAUGACCUCCGCCUCAACAACAGCCGGGGCCUCGGUGAUAACCUCCUUCUCGACAACAACGGGAGCCGGGGCGAUGACCUCAGCCUCAACGACGGCGGGAGUCUCGACAGCGACGGGAGCCUCAGUGACGGUGAUGGCCUCCACGACAGCGGGGGCGACAGCGACAACCUCAGCGACGGCAGCCACAGGGACCACCUCCGCCUCAACAGCGGCGGGGGCGGAGGCAGGCUCGGCCUUCACCACAGGCUCCUCAACAACGGCGACGGCCUCAGCCACCUGUCUGAUUAG